GUGGGAUGGCAGAUGAGGAAGAAGAUCCCACCUUUGAGGAAGAAAAUGAAGAAAUUGGAGGAGGUUCGGAUGGUGGACAGGGCAAACGAAAGAGAUUAUUUUCUAAAGAAUUACGAUGUAUGAUGUAUGGGUUUGGAGAUGACCAGAAUCCUUACACUGAGUCCGUUGAUAUUCUUGAAGACCUUGUCAUAGAGUUCAUCACUGAAAUGACUCAUAAGGCAAUGUCAAUCGGAAGACAAGGUCGAGUACAAGUUGAAGAUAUAGUCUUCUUGAUUCGAAAGGACCCAAGGAAGUUUGCUAGAGUUAAAGACUUGCUUACUAUGAAUGAAGAAUUGAAAAGAGCUAGAAAAGCAUUUGAUGAAGCAAACUAUGGAUCAUGACAGAUUUUGUAUUUUCUGAAGCUACGUAUCUUCUGGGAAAACUAUAUGUAGUAACUGUAUUUUCUACAGAAAGGUCCUGAUAUAGCUUACUAUGUAAAUGACAGGUAGAGAAACACAACAUUUUCAUGUCUUUGGUUUUA